GCAUCGCUGUAGGCCUCUCCAGAACCGUUAUCGUCGUUUGGCCGCACCAGUACGUUCGCUCAUAUGCUGAAUCUUUUACGCCAUACCCACGCCAGUACCUCGCAAGCACCCGUGGUGCCUUUCCACAAGGGUCACGAGUCCUCCCAGAGCAUACGGAAGGACGACAUUUUCGACGAGAAGCCAUGCUCCCUCCAGGGAACCGUUUGCAAAAGAAACGGCAUCUUCCCCCACCACUAUGAGUAUUCAAGUGUGUACGAGGAGGACGGUCAGCGUCAGCCGGAUGCAACUGACAAAAAAUUGGAGGAAGCCCGGAGAUUUAAACUCCGUGGGGUAACCCCAAGUACUGUCCCAGACGACUUCCGGUUCCUACCAAACGAACUGGACUUGUUCUUAAAAUGUUACCCACCGAAGAAUGGUGAAUGGAAAGACACCACACGUCGACUGAAGAGCUACGGGAAUGCUUCAGGCAUUUGCAGAAGCAUACGGGGCGGUCUCUGCUACGCAGGGCUUUACGCGACAGACAACAUAACCACCUGUUUCCACUGUGGUGGUUGCCACGCCGAUUGGACAGACGCCGAUGAUCCCUUUGUUGAACACAGCCGUUGGUAUCCCGAAUGCCAGUUCGUCCGUUUCAUUGGGGGCGAUUACGCUGUGAACUACAUCAGGAGACAACACGAGGAGUAUCUCCGGACGCUUGCAGAACGUGGCCAGCAAGAGGCCAAAGAGUCCCAUAAAGCACUGGUUGAAGAGCUUUUCGAUGGUGAAGAUAUACAGUUCUACGAAGCUUCUGACAUCAGAGUAGAAGUUCUGCAUCUUGCAGCUAGUCUGUUGGCACAACGUACUCAACGUAGCCGUGUGACCAGAGAUGACAUCGUGCAGGAACUGUCGAAGCUAUGUCAACUAAAAUUGGAUAAAGACUGGAGAAGCAUUCCACGUAACAAGAAAGCAUCGUCUCCCACCUUGAUUGACCUCAGAAAAGAACAUGUGCAUGAAUGCAACGCACCGGAACACAGGCCCUCACCCGGACCAUCUUUCGGAAGCAUCGGUGUUUUGAGAGGAAUCCCGAAAUAUCCACGGUUCGAGAGCAUCGACGCAAGAUACGCUACAUUCAGCGGAUUCCCUCACUCUGCUACCAUGUUUUUGGACGCUCACACAUUGGCUGACGCUGGACUUUUCUACACAGGUGAAAGCGAUACAACAUUGUGUUUCUACUGUGGGUUAAGACUCAUCCAUUGGGAGCCUUUUGGCGACCCGUACACGGAACACCACAGAUGGUCUCCGAGGUGUGACUACAUUCGUUCCGUAGUAGAUCAUGAGCGUACGCCAGACAUUGUGGGGCUGAGCAGCUCAAGUCUCGUCCAGCAAGAGCAAUAUGCGGCAUCGAGGAAUGCAUACACCGUUCCUCACUCGAGACCAGUCCACCCACGCUAUGCCACGUUAGCAAGCAGGGAGUCGUCUUUUGAGUCUUACCCAAGAAAUGCAAAGGGAAACAAGGAGAAGAUGGCCAAGGCAGGAUUCUUCUUCACUGGUACUGGUGAUCAAACUACGUGCUUCCAGUGCGGGAACUCUCUGUGCAGUUGGGAUGAAGACGAUGACCCACUACUUGAACAUGACAGGUGGUACCCAAACUGUCCUUAUGUUGUCCUCAUCCGAGGCGUUGAAACGAUCAAGGACGUGAGAGAGGCGCACAGGAAUACCUUUGUACAGCGCCAAACCGCAGAAAUCAGUCGAUCGGAUGAUCUCAGCAAUGUGCUGCUGCGUCACCUGAUGUCGUCACCACUUGUACACCGUCUGACAGCGCAAGGCAUUGAUCCCCUCAUCGUCGAAUUAGCGAUACGGAAGAGGCUUAACGGCGAAGGCUUGAUUGACGUACUGGACGAACAAGACCUGCGCCGGGCUUUGACGGACGUUGUCUCGUUGCCGGAGAACGUCAGAACAAAAGAAGUUCCAAAGGCUGAUACAGGUGACCUGAGCAAGUGCGUCAUCUGCAAAACGGGAGACCGUCGCAUCAUAUUUCUUCCCUGCAAUCACCUGAUCGCGUGUAUCGGAUGUGCCGCGUCCCACAGCGUUUGUCCUUCCUGUAAUCGGCCGAUUGCAACCAGGAGGCAAGCCUUCUUAGCCUGAAAAAGACGGGGUAAAGGGCAGGCCGGGAAACGUAAAAAGGAAUAUGUGUCAUAAGCUAGUAACGCGAUGCGUUCUCGAGGUUACAUUCGACGUAAAACCCAUUAUAAUUAUUAAUACAUUCCAUGUAUAAACCCAGCGUUCGACCCACGACCUACUCUAUACUAGAAACCCGGACGACUGGCAAUCGCCUAUGGGAGAGCUGGGUCAUGGGUUGGUUACGCUAGUGGCCGCUGCAAGCGCCACAUAGGAUUAUUGGGGAGAGGGAAUGACACUGUAAUUCCGUUUAACGCUGUCAUAGUCACUGUCACUGUCAUAAAGAAGACCCUAGUAGUUGUUUUGGGGUACUUGGACAAAAAUAAAGUUUAUUUUUAUUAUUAUUAUUAUUAUUAUUAUAGUCUGAAAUCUCCUAAGGCAGCGAGUUCCCAUAUUCCUAUCAUGCUGUUGUUGUAACCUAUUUGCGAUAUACUCACCUCUGUAACCAUUCUUGCUCUGAGGCUAAAUGAAUAAAUAAAUGAAUAAAUAAACUCUGGUCAGGCGCAGGA